GUGGCUGCCUGCAGUUGUGGCACGACUGAGGGUUUGUGUAGUGCUGUGCAGUCUGUGUUUUUUACGACAAAUUUCUCUUAUAAGUUCUAUAUAACUUUAAAAACUGACCAUACCCAAUGUCGGAUUAUGGCAAGCGCUAAGUCUGGCGUGCACGUUGUGCAGCUGAAACCAAUAUGUGUGCCGAAAAGUCUGCAAGAUGGGAACAAAUUCAUCAAAUGGGAUGAUGAUUCAUCUGUGGGCACACCGGUCACUGUGAGAGUGGACAAAAAAGGGUUCUUCCUUUUCUGGACUGACCAGAACAAGGAGACCGAAUUCUUGGAAAUAUCCAGCAUACGUGACACCAGGACAGGAAAGUAUGCUAGAGUACCUAGGGUAAGUUUAUCCCAAGUAAACUUGCUCUAACUUUUUUUUUUAUCAACCACUCAUGAUAUUAGGACAGUAAAGUAUGCUAGAGUACCUAGGGUAAGU